UAGUUUACAAGAUAAGCAACUAAUUGCUUUAUAUUUACUAAAGAGAAGGAAAUCUACGAAGACAAGAAGGAAGACCUCAAAAAUAUUUAUGGAGAGAAAUUUAUUUUCAGAGUAUAUUACUAUAAAAGCAGAUCUUACUCCAUCCCAAUUUUUCAAUUGUACAAGGAUGAGGAGAACGACUUUCUCCUAUAUUCUGAAUCUCAUAAAAGACGAUAUACAACCUAAGGUGACGAAUUUCAACAAGCAAAUAGAUGCAGAGGAUCGUCUAUUUCUGACCUUAAGGUUUCUUAUAACUGGAGUUUCCUUCUCCCAGUUGGCAUUUAGUGCAAGGAUAUCCAAAUCCUGCAUAGCCUAUAUUGUGAAAUCUGUGUGCAGGGCUAUAUGGGAAGCUGCUGCAGAGAAGCAUAUGCCCAAACCUACAAAAAAGGAUUGGGAAAGAAUUUCCCAAGAGUUCAUGAUGCAUUCAGGGUUUCCAAAUUGUUUUGGGGCCUUGGAUGGGAAACAUAAAUAUAAAAUGCCCUAAAAAUACUGGCUCACUACAUUUUUGUUAUAAGCAAAGAUUUUCAAUUGUAUUGUUAGCACUUAUUGACUAUAAUAGGAAGUUUUUGUACAUUGAUGUAGGAGCUUAUGGGAAACAAAGUGAUGGUGGAGUGUUUAGAAAUAGCUCUCUGUAUAGAGAAAUUAUUAACCAUACACUGGACCUUCCACCUCCUAUGCCAUUUCCAGGGACAAAUGAAGAGAUGCCAUAUGUUAUGGUAGCUGAUAAUGCCUUUCCAUUAUCCAAUUAUCUAAUGAAACCUUUUCCAAAAAAAAAUCUGACAUUAGAGGAGAUAAAAUAUAAUGCUAGAUUGUCCCAUGCAAGGGUAAGUGUGGAGAGAAGUUUUGGAGGGAUUGUUAAAAAAUUCGAUACUCUUAACAAACCUAUGGAAAUUGGUGUUGAUUAUGCAGAAAUAAUAGUUAAGUGUAUAUGUAUUUUACACAACAUUAUCAUAUCCUUGGAGGGCUUACCUGAUGAUGUUGAUCAGAUAGAUAUCACGAACUUGAAUGUAAGACCUAUGUCUGUUAUUAGGGACAAUAAUGCAUCAUCUAAUGAAGCAAGGAAUAUCAGAAAUUCAUUCAAAAUUUUUUUAAAUUCAUAA